AUGGCAUCUCCAUCGUCUGCAGGGAAAACCCUUUUCACCCUCCCCAUUAAGGCCACCAGCGGCUCCGUCACCGUCACCGAGCCAGCCGAGAAGGCCUACCUGCUCACUUUCUCUUCGCCGCCAGACAACCGCCUCGUCACCGACUUCUGCCAGGCCUUUCUCCUCGCCCUCGACAUCCUCGAGGCCCGCUACCCGCACGGUGUCGUCAUCACCACCUCCGCUAUCACAAAAUUCUACAGCAACGGCCUCGACCUCGACCAUGCCUUCUCCGUGCCCGGCUACCACGUCAACUCGCUGUAUAAGCUGUUUGCGCGCCUUGUCUCAUACCCCAUGCCCACCGUUGCAUGGCUGAACGGCCACGCCUUCGCUGGCGGCCUGAUGAUGGCUAUGCACCAUGAUUACCGCGUCUUCAACCCUUCGCGAGGCUACCUCUGUCUGAACGAGCUUGACUUUGGCGCCCCGCUUAAGCCGGCCAUGCUGGGUAUUUUCGAGGCCAAGGUGUCACCUGUCACGUACCGCACAUUGAUUCUCGAAGCGAAGCGGUUUACGGCCAAGGAAGCGCUGGCGUCGGAGCUCGUAGACAAGUUGGGCGCUUGGGAGGAGGUGCUGCAGCUGGUAGAGGAGAGGAAGCUGACGAUGCGCGCGAAGACAGGCGCUUACGGCGUCUUGAAGGAGGAGAUGUAUAGAUCUGUCAUUGCGAAUUUGGAGGGCCACGAGGAGCAGGUGAAGAAGGAUGCUGCGAAUGCGGACAAACCGGCAAAGAUCAAGCAGCAGAGGGAGCAGAGGGUGGCAGCUUGGGAGAAGGAGUCUCAAAAGGCUAAAUUGUGA